GCUUGCGUACUCUGCUGCGUCGCGGUGGUGCCGCUGGGUCUGUAGGUGGAGCAUUUCUAAGGUUGUCGGCAUCGCCUGGUUGAGGAAAAGAUGGUCAACGUCUUGAAAGGAGUGCUUAUAGAAUGCGACCCCGCCAUGAAGCAGUUCCUGCUGUACUUGGAUGAGUCGAAUGCCCUGGGAAAGAAGUUCAUCAUCCAAGACAUCGACGACACGCACGUCUUCGUGAUAGCGGAGUUGGUUAAUGUCCUCCAGGAGCGAGUAGGUGAAUUAAUGGACCAAAAUGCGUUUUCUCUUACGCAGAAGUGAAAAUAUUAGAUACUGGCCACUUCAGAAUUCAGAGUAACGGAUGCGAGAGAGACUGUCCCCAUUUAGUAUCUCGUGUGAUGAGUCAGACUUGGAGAAUUGCUCAGAAGCGUGCCACGGAGAGACUGGGGUAUCCUUUGUUCGGAAGAAAGCGCCCGAACUGGUUUUCUUGUUCUGUCUUUGUCAAUACGUGUGCCCUCAAAUUAAAAAAAAGUCUUAAUGGUUGGCUAUAA